GACAAACACGCUCAUUUAGUCGUCACCUCGCCCACUUUUUCACUUCUUACCUUAAUACACUGCUUUUUCAAUUCGCAGUGAAUCGCUCGUUGUCUUCUGAAGAGGCGCAAACUACUAAAGACACAUCAAACACUCGCGCAGUAAGAGAGGACCGUGACGAAGGCCAGAUGGCGGGCAAAGAAGCAACAGUCUACAUCCUAGACCUGGGCCGGUCGAUGAGCGAGAAGAGACAUGGACGCGACCAAAGCGACCUCGAUUGGGCGCUAGAAUACGUGUGGGACAAGAUCACGACAACGGUGGCAACUGGCAGGAAGAGCGCGCUCAUGAGUGUGAUUGGCUGUCGCACAGACGAAAGCGAUCUUGCCGGGGUCAUGGAAAUAGUUGAGGGCUACGAAAAUAUCAGAGUCUUCUCGGAAUUGAAGCAGUAUUUGCUCGGUGACAUCCGAGAUCUCCAGGAGCAUUUGAAACCAAGCAGGACCGAUGAUGGGGAUUUGGUCUCUGCUCUCGCAGUAGCUGUCCAUAUGAUCGAUAGUGCUACGAAAGGGGCCAAAGGCAAUCCGUUAAAGUACGAUCGUCGAGUGAUUAUCGUUACCGACGGCCGCGGUGACAUGGACACUGGUGACUUGGAGCAAAUUGCUAUGAAGAUCAAAGAUGCGGAUGCUCCGAUAGAGGUUGUGCUUCUAGGUGUGGACUUUGACGAUGCUGACAGCGGCUUCAAGGAGGAGAACAAGGAGACGCCAAAGGCCAAGAACGAGGAGAUUCUCAAGGACUUCGUCGAAAACUGCGAUGGCAAUUUCGGUACUCUAGCGAUGGCCAUCGAGCAGCUGCACACACCACGUCUAAAAGAAACCCGCCCAGUUCCUAGCUACAGGGGCCAGCUCACUUUAGGCGACCCGGAGAAGUACGAGGCCACUAUCACGAUUGACGUAGAGCGGUACCCGUGCACUAUGAUUGCGAAACCACCAACAGCGAGUUCGUUCGUGGUGCGAACAGAUAUCGGUGGCGUACCAGGGCCCAGCGAGCAAUCAUCGGCCACAAUAGUCGGCGAAGACCACGCAAUGAGUGAUCUAUCAGCAGUGCGGAACCAGCGUGUCUAUCAAGUGGAGAACCAAGAAGAGCCGGGAAUCAAGAAGAACGUCGAAAUGGAGGAGCUUGAACGCGGCUACGAGUACGGAAGGACGGCAGUGCACAUUUCGGAGUCUGACAUGAACGUCGUCAAACUGGAAACGCAGCAGUCGCUAUCACUCGUUGGUUUCGUGAAAGCUGAAGAGUUCGAGCGAUAUCUACCUUUAAGCCGGUCAAAUUUCAUCGUCCCGCAGAGGGCGAACCAACAAGCUCAACUCGCGCUGUCUUCGUUCAUUCAUGCCUUGUAUGAAGCCGAGUGCUACGCCGUUGCAAGGAUAGUGAUGAAAGAAAACAAGCCGCCGGUCCUUUUGUUAUUAGUGCCACGCAUUGAGCUAGAGUGGGAGGCUCUCGUUGAUGUUGAACUGCCUUUUGAAGAAGAUCUGCGGCGAUACAAGUUCCCGCCUCUGGACCGAAAACUCACGAUUAGCGGCAAGACGAUAACUGAACACAAAGACCUACCGACCAAGGAUCUCUUGAACGCAAUGAGCGACUAUGUGGACGCCAUGGAUCUUUCAACGUUUGGUCGUGACGAUGAUGGCAACGAGGAGGAAUAUGCCAAACGAGAAGAUACUUUCGCGCCACUUGUUCACCGCAUAAACCACAUCAUCCGAUGGCGGGCUACGCAUCCUGACCCCACGCUCCAGAUCCCUGAUCCACCAGAGAUCCUCACAAAGUACUCCGUGCCGCCAGCCGAGCUCAUGGCACAAGCGGAGCAGCAACUAAAUGCCCUAAAGAAAGCAGGAUAUGUCAAGAAAGUUCCACCGAGGGUCAAGGGCCGUGGUAAACGCCAGCGUACAGACCGCGACAAACCCCUCUCAGGUCUUGAUGUUGACGAGCUUCUCGGCAACCCCAAGCGCGUCAAGAUCGAGGCAAACAAUCUUAUUCCAUCAUUCAAGCAAGCGCUCGCCGCAUCAGACGAUCUCGAGGCCAUCCAGGAAGCGUCAGACGGUAUAGCCAAGGAGAUUCGCACGCUUAUCAGUAACAGUAUUGGCGACAGCGCGUAUGGACAGGCUCUCGAGGCGAUUCGUGUGACAAGAGACGAAUUCAUCGAACUCGAAGAGCCGGAGAUUUACAAUGCGUUCAUUCGAAGUUUGAAGCAGGAGAUUUUGGGUGGGAAGUUGAAUGGCAACCGGAGAGACAUGUGGUGGAAGAUCAAGGGAAGCAAGUAUGGUCUUGUGGAUCAGAAGAGGAGUCUUGUGAGCGAUGUUACGGAGGAAGAAGCGAGGAAGUUUUAUGAGACAUGAAUUGAGGUUCUCUAGACAUCGCGGGGUUCGAGAGGCAAGGCGCUGCAGGUUGUAGUGAGCGAACGUCGUGCAUCACAUCAUGACUUUCAUCUUGGCCCGUGGUACAUAUGUAGCUAGCGCAGAGAGAGCCUGGGCCUCCUUCGAUCGACGUUGCUCUAAGUUUAGCUUGCAGGAUUUCAGCCCCCAGUUACGCCCUGCCCUCAGCCCGGGAGUGUAGGGUACUCUUAUUCUAGUAAAUAAGUAUCUGUGAAGUCUCCUUUGCGGGAUAAAGAC